CACUCUCUAAUUCCAAUACCUGACAAGCGUAUAGUUUCUAUAUAAAAGCCUGCGCCGACAUUUGAUUUUCAUUAACAAUUUUGUUAGCAAAGUAAACAAUUCAAAAUGAAAUUAGCUGUCUUCGCUCUCGUUCUUGGACUCUGCCUCGCAGUCAAUGCAGCCAGUGUGGACUACUCCGUCGAGGAUCAGGAGGUUAACGAUUUCUCUCCCUCGGAGUUAGCCGAUGAGAUCGAUGAUGCUUUCGUUUUCAGCGUGUUCGGAAUUUUGAAGCCAACUAUCAAAGCCAGCCUUCGCACACUGAAAGGUGUACAUUGCACCAUCGAAAGAGUCAUUAGCAUUCGUGCAGCUGGCAUUAAUUUCUUGAACGCCUUUAAGGAUUGCAAUAGCGCCGCCUUUAAGGACUUGAAUGCGCUCAUAAAUCAAGUCCAAACUGUGGUCUACACUUGCAAUGAUAUUGUUAACUUGAAUGAGAAUGUCUGCAAUAACAGUGACUACAACGAUGAAGCUGAUGGCCAGAAGAAGACAUCAAAAAGUUGCUUCGUUAAGUUGGUGAGCAAGAUGGUAACACUGAAGAAGCAGAUCGGCAAAAGCAUUACCCUAUCCAAGAAGUUGUCCUCCACUCCUGGAGCUUAUGGCACAUGCAACAUGAAUGCUGUUGGUGAUUUGAUCUCCGUAUUCACUGAAUUCCCCACCUUCGUCAAGGAGUGCUCGAAAUUGACCAGUUAAAUAUACAGUAAAUUUUAGUUUCACGAAAUAAAUAUCGAAAGCAUGCAAA